UUAUGGACCAUUUUGAACAAGUGUAACCAAAUACCUCGGAAAAGUGGUGCGUUUUGUGUAAAACUCCGUAAAAAAGGACUAAAUAAUGUCGUGCGGGGCGGAAUGCCUGUCUCUGGGCCCACCGCCCGACUCUAUCAUGCACAUGCCACCACCGCCGCUACCGGCAUUCCUGGCGAACAUCGCAAACCUGACACCGCCAUGCCGAGCGUCCAAGUGUCCACCGGCGCAUAACACUGAAGAGAACGCACUUUUUCCUGGAGUCGAGUAUCAUGAACUACCGAGACAUGAGCCCGCUAGCACUGAUGACACGUGGUUUCUGGUCCUGAUCACAUGCUGUAUCGGUGUUUUGUGCAUUGCAGCGUUGCUAGCGCUGUUCCUACUGAAAUGCAGAGAAGCGCGCGGAGGUUGCAAGAGUGGCACUGGCAAAGCCGGCGGUUCCAACGCCCUGUAUGGAAGCGCUGCAUUGGACUCUCGAGUCCUAUGGGCAGCACUGACACCUCGAGGCACCAGACACUUCGUCGCCGACACCUAUCCUCACGAUGAGACAGAAGACCACCAUUACGAGUGCGUCGAACCACCGCUCUACAAACUGGGGCCUCCAGACGAUUUAGCCAUCACUCGACACUUCAACGUUGAAUACGAAGACCCCGCUCCACUUAUCGAAAGCUACUCCGAUAGAACAGAGGAAUACUUCCGUAACGGUAUGGAGACGCUCCGCCGAGGAAACCGUCCUCUAGUCUCCUCGCCCACUAGAAUCGAGAGACCAAACUUGCCCCCAUUGAAUCUCCAACCCAGAACACUUCGGAGAGCACCGCAUUCCCGCCGCGUCAGUGAUGCUAACAACCCGGAGAAAUCGGCCAUAUGAACCGAGAAUGGCGCGGUAUUUUCCGUCGCCGAUUCAACAGAUAUCGAUUACGAGUGGUCGAUGAAUGACUCCAACGUCGACCGACUCGUUUGAGGACCAUUAUUACACAGCUACAGAACACAAAAUAUUACACUAUUAAUACACACUUGGUAUCUAUCGUGAUUUUGAAUUUCAAAUGAACAGUUGAAUAUAUCUGUAGCCUUAGUACAAUAUUUGCUCGCUCGCAAUCGAGGAGUCGUUUUCGAACUUUAAACUUUGUAUCGUCUAAGUAAAAUGGACCAAACAUCACUAGUUUUUUUAGUCCCUACUGCUGAUUUCUGUUUUAUAAACGUUCUGUCAAAAACCCGAACUAUAGAGUUGUAGACAAGAUAGAGCUUUAAAUCAAUGCAAAAAAGAUCAAUUUUAUUCUUAUGUUAAAAUAUUUCCAUACUCGAAAGCGAUUCCUCGAUUGCGAGCGAGCCUUAUAUUAAGGCUACGGAUCCAACAUAAGCGAGGUGACAGUGUAAAGAAUCCUGUACGGCUAUCAUAGGUAGGACUUUUUUUUCUUUCAAUUAUAUCCACUUAAAAUGGAUAAAAUUUACUUGUUCACGUGCCGAGCAGUUAAGAAGUUUACCUUCCUUUCAUAUGACACGUAUCUAUAUUCAAUAAUAUUAUUUAAUCAUGUCCUUUUUUCCCCGUGAUAAAAAAUCUCUUCCGUCUAUGUUAGUCCUGCUGGCGUUUCUACGUAUCAAAAACAAUUUUAAAUGGAUUGAUGGGAGUCUAAUGCCCUUUUUCACUAACAACGAUCUAGGCAAUGCCUAAAUAUGUGAG